AUGGCGGCCCCUAUGGGAGGGCGGAGCCAAGAUGGCGGCGCCCAGGCCCGACGGUGCCCGCCGUACAGCGGAGCUGGUGCUGGGGCCAGCCGCUGGGAGUGGAAGAGACUCAAGGCCAAGACCCCCAAGAAUGGGCCGCCCCCCUGCCCCCGCCUGGGCCACAGCUUCUCGCUUGUGGGCAACAAGUGCUACCUGUUUGGGGGGCUGGCAAACGACAGCGAGGACCCCAAGAACAACAUUCCCAGGUACCUGAAUGACCUGUACAUCCUGGAGCUGCGCCCGGGCUCCGGAGUGGUGGCCUGGGACAUCCCCAUCACAUACGGGGUGCUGCCCCCGCCCCGCGAGUCCCACACUGCCGUGGUGUACACCGAGAGGGACAACAAGAAAUCCAAGCUCGUCAUCUACGGGGGCAUGAGCGGCUGUCGCCUCGGCGACCUCUGGACGCUGGACAUCGAGACCCUGACAUGGAACAAGCCCAGCCUGAGCGGUGUGGCGCCCCUCCCCCGCAGUCUGCACUCCGCCACCACCAUUGGCAACAAGAUGUACGUCUUCGGGGGCUGGGUGCCCCUCGUCAUGGACGACGUCAAAGUGGCCACGCACGAGAAGGAGUGGAAGUGCACCAACACGCUGGCCUGCCUCAACCUGGGUAAGGUCCCCCCGCAGCCCCCCCCAGAACCCCCCCGGCUCCACCUGCCCCGCACCAACACGCUGGCCAGCCUCAACCUGGACUCCAUGGCAUGGGAGCCCAUCCUCAUGGACACGCUGGAGGACAACAUCCCGCGGGCCCGGGCGGGGCACUGCGCCGUCUCCAUCAACACCCGCCUCUACAUCUGGAGCGGGCGCGACGGCUACCGCAAGGCCUGGAACAACCAGGUGUGCUGCAAGGACCUCUGGUACCUGGAGACUGAGAAGCCCCCAGCACCCUCACGGGUGCAGCUGGUUCGGGCCAACACCAACUCACUGGAGGUGAGCUGGGGCUCGGUGCCCACGGCCGACACCUACCUGCUGCAGCUGCAGAAGUAUGAUAUCCCCGCGGCCGCCUCGCCCGCUCCCGUCCCGGUGCCCUCUGUGCCCGCCAACCCGCCCAAGAGCCCCGCCCCGGCCGCCGCUGCGCCCGCCCCGCCCGCCAGCCAGCCCCUGGCCCAGAUGGGCAUCACCCUGCUGCCCCAAGCCGCCGCCCCAACGCCCACCACCACCAUCCAGCUGCUGCCCUCCGUGUCCGGCACGCCCCUGUCCGUGGCCAGCCCGGCACGCACGCAGGGUGUCCCGGCUGUGCUGAAGGUGACAGGCCCCCAGGCGCCCCCAGGGCCCCCCCUGGUGACGGUGCGCUCAGCUGGGCAGGCAGGCAAGGCCCCGGUGACGGUGACCUCGCUGCCGGCCGGCGUGCGCAUGGUGGUGCCCACGCAGAGCACGCAGGGCACGGUGAUUGGCAGCAGCCCCCAGAUGAGUGGCAUGGCCGCCCUGGCAGCCGCCGCCGCCGCUACACAGAAGAUCCCCCCCUCCUCCGCGCCCACCAUGCUGAGCGUGCCGGCCGGCGCCACCAUCGUCAAGACCGUGGCCGUCUCCCCGGGCACGGCCACGCUGCCCAGCACCGUCAAGGUGGCCUCCUCCCCCGUCAUGGUGAGUAACCCGGCCACACGCAUGCUGAAGACGGCAGCAGCCCAGGUGGGCACCUCGGUGUCAUCCACGACCAACGCGGCCACGCGGCCCAUCAUCACUGUGCACAAGUCGGGCACGGUCACCGUGGCGCAGCAGGCCCAGGUCAUGACCACCGUGGUGGGCGGCGUCACCAAGACCAUCACCCUGGUGAAGAGCCCCAUCUCUGUGCCGGGGGGCAGCGCACUGAUCUCUAACCUCGGCAAAGUGAUGUCGGUCGUGCAGACCAAGCCGGUGCAGACCUCGGCCGUGACCGGCCAGGCGUCCAGCGGCCCCGUCACCCAGAUCAUCCAGACCAAGGGCCCCCUGCCAGCGGGCACCAUCCUGAAGCUGGUGACGUCAGCGGACGGGAAGCCCACCACCAUCAUCACCACCACACAGGCAGGCGGCGCCGGCCCCAAGCCCACCAUCCUGGGCAUCAGCAGCGUCUCGCCCAGCACCACCAAGCCGGGCACCACCACCAUCAUCAAAACCAUCCCCAUGUCGGCCAUCAUCACCCAGUCCGGGGCCACGGGUGUGACCAGCAGCCCUGGGAUCAAGUCCCCCAUUACCAUCAUCACCACCAAGGUCAUGACCUCAGGCACGGGCGCCCCCGCCAAGAUCAUCACGGCAGUGCCCAAGCUGGGCACGGCACAUGGGCAGCAGGGCGUCACGCAGGUGGUCCUGAAGGGCGCGCCUGGCCAGCCCGGCACCAUCCUGCGCACCGUGCCCAUGGGCGGCGUGCGGCUGGUCACGCCCGUCACCGUCUCCGCCGUCAAGCCCACCGUCACCACGCUGGUGGUGAAAGGAACCACGGGUGUCACCACCUUGGGCACCGUGACGGGCACAGUCUCCACCAGCCUGGCCGGCGCAGGGGGCCACAGCACCAACGCCUCUCUGGCCACGCCCAUCACCACGCUGGGAACCAUCGCCACCCUGUCGAGUCAGGUGAUCAACCCGGCUGCCAUCACCGUCUCCGCCGCGCAGACCACCAUGACGGCCGCCAGCGGGCUGGGCACGCCCACCAUCACCAUGCAGCCCGUCUCCCAGCCCACGCAGGUGACGCUGAUCACGACGCCCAGCGGGGUGGAUGCCCAGCCGGUGCACGACCUGCCAGUCUCCAUCCUGGCCUCGCCCACCACGGAGCAGCCCACGGCCACGGUGACCAUUGCCGACGUGGGGCAGGGCGACCCGCAGCCCGGCACCGUCACCCUGGUGUGCUCCAACCCGCCCUGCGAGACCCAUGAGACUGGCACCACCAACACUGCCACUGCCACCGUCGUGGCCAACGUGGGCGGCCUGACCCAGCCUGUGCACUUUGUGUGUGAGGGCCAGGAGACCGGGCAGCCCAACGGCGGGUUAGUGCGCGUCUGCUCCAACCCCCCGUGCGAGACGCACGAGACGGGCACCACCCACACGGCCACCACUGCCACAUCCAGCAUGGGUGCUGGACGAGUGUGCAGCAACCCCCCGUGCGAGACGCACGAGACGGGCACCACCCACACGGCCACCACUGCCACAUCCAGCAUGGGUGCUGAACGAGCGUGCAACAAUCCCCUGUGCGAGACGCACGAGACGGGCACCACCAACACUGCCACGACGGCCACGUCCAGCAUGGGUGCUGAACGAGCGUGCAACAAUCCCCUGUGUGAGACGCACGAGACGGGCACCACCAACACGGCUACCACGGCCAGGUCGUUCAUGGGGCGGGGUCAACCGGAUGGUGGCAUGGUAGCCCCGCCCAACCCGCCAUGCCAAACGCAGCACACCAGUGCCACCGGCACCACGAUGUCGGCAAAAGCCGGUGUGUCCACAGAGCAGCCGUGCAGCACCAGGAUGGCGAAUCCACCCCCGGCGGUGCCUGGCACCAACGCACAAUCCCCGGCGCCGGCUGGCCGGCCCUGUGAGGCUCACCAGACCCACACCACCAACACCGCCACCACGGCCCGGUCGCUCAUGGGCCGGGGGCAGCCGGACGGUGGGCCAGGGGCAGCCGAGAGCCCCCCGUGCCAAACACAACAGACUUGUGCCACUCACACAACCAUGUCGGCCAAAGCGGACGUGCCCACGGAGCAGCCAUGCGGCGUGAGGAUGGUUGCGCCAGACACGGAGGCCGGUCAGCGAGCGCAUGUCAAUGACUCUUGUGAACUGGGUACCAUGGCCACGUCGAGCUUGGGCACUAGGCGAGCGUGCACGGAGCCCCCGUGCGAGACCCACGAGACAGGCACCACCACCACAGUCACGUCGAACAUGGGCGCCGGGCGAGCGUGCAGCAACCCCCCGUGCGAGACACACGAGACAGGCACCACCACCACAGCCACGUCGAGCAUGGGCACCAGGCAACCGUGCACGGAGCCCCUGUGCGAGACCCAUGAGACAGGCACCUCCACCACAGCCACGUCGAACAUGGGCGCCGGGCGAGCAUGCAGCAAUCUCCCGUGCGAGACGGGCACCACUAACACGGCGACCACUGCCACAUCCAGCAUGGGCGCCGGGCAAGUGUGCAGCAACCCCCCGUGCGAGACGCACGAGACGGGCACCACUAACACGGCGACCACUGCCACAUCCAGCAUGGGCGCCGGGCGAGUGUGCAGCAACCCCCCGUGCGAGACGCACGAGACGGGCACCACCAACACGGCCACCACGGCCACAUCCAGCAUGGGCGCCGGGCGAGUGUGCACUAACCCCCCUUGUGAGACGCACGAGACGGGCACCACUAACACGGCCACCACGGCCACAUGUAACGUGGGGACGGGCCAGGCUGAGGGGGCCCAGCACGCCCCUGCCAGUGUGCCCUGUGAGACACAGCCGACCACGGCCACCGGCACCACCAUGACGGCCAGCAUGGGGGGAGCUGGGGCCGAACCCCCCUCCUCUGCCCCCCAGGAGACGGAGGGGGCAGGGCCCAGCCAGCCCCAGUCGCCUCCCACAAACCCAGCCCCACGCGUCUGCUCCAACCCCCCCUGCGAGACCCACGAGACGGGCACAACCCACACGGCCACCACUGUGACCUCCAGCAUGGGCGCCAACCACGACCAGCCGCCGGGUGCCAACGGGCAGGGGGAGCCUGAGGGGGCGCCGGGCGAGGCCCCCGCCAGCCCCAGCAGUGUCUCUGCCGCGC